CGCGAGGGCGUGUGCCGUCCCAAGCAGUAAGGAGGAUGCGGAUAUUCUUUCUAGAAGCCUCGGCGAAUUGCGUAAAAUGGAGUGACGUUUCGGCGCUUCAUCUUUUGUGAGACAUUACCAGCCUAAAAUGGACAAUGGCACUUUCUAGCGACGCUACUUUUUGGAACAAGACCAGCAAACUGUGGAAAGCAGAAGACUAAAUGAAUAUUCUACGUCGUUCGGUUAAGUUACUGGUUGAAAUUCGUUCCGAUUGGCCUCUGAUUCCACGUAGAGUUGUAGGAAAAUAAGCAACUACACUAGGAGGUCUAAGUACAUAUUCCGGCAAUGAGCUUGAUAAGCUGCGGCCUUCGUGCAGGGGUGACAUGCAUGUGUCGUGUUGCUGAUCAGGUCGGCGCAGGCAAAUGAUGAAGAAGCUCGCAGCGGCGGUGACCGCUUUUUCCGACACCUCCGUUGGCAUACGGCUGUUGGUACUGACGCGCACUUACUUUGAAAAUUUGAAUGGGCAUGCCACGAUUAAUUUGUAUUUGUACAUCAACAGGAUACUUCGUUUGGUAGUUCUAGGGCAGUUUCUGGCUCGCCUGUGCAACAUCAGGCUUGAGCUUGAUACGAUAGAGCGGAGCAUUGCAAGGGGAAUGGCCUCUCAGUUCGUGCUCAGUUACAUGUGUCCUGUGCAAUCACUUUGAUUGGUAGCGGCAGGCUCAUGCAAAGGCGGUGCAUGGCGAUGGCCGUAUGCAAGCUGUUGAAUUCUUUACCACACCUUCCCGGUAGUCGGGGUGUAGCGAUCCGCAUUAUCAAAUUUCAUGAACAGGAGCAGCUGAAGGGAGGCGGCGUGCUGUCCUUACUCCGCCGGGAGCUGAAGACCGAGGUGACGAAAGAGUGGGCACGACAGUCACGCAGGUUCGUGAAGGAUUGGCACCCGAAAAUGGCAUUCGUCCAGUUCAAAAGAUCCGACUGCACGAACGGGCUGCACGCUAUCAAAGUCGACUUUCCUUGUCUCACCGAGUGGGCGAAAGCGUCCAUGCAGGAGCAGGGGGUGAAAGAAGCGACCAUUUUGGCGCAUUACACCGAAGGAGUCUACAUCCCCCCCGGCCGCAUCGAGCAGUGCCGUUGGGGUGUGCCCACCAGCCACGCAAUCUUGACGAAAGCCGAGGCCGGGUCAACCAUGCUGCAGCUAGACCUUGCGGCGGAGAUGUGCUCGAAGAACAAGGAUUGCGGCGGGUUUGUGCACUUCAACGAAGAUGUGCCGUCGAGCGCAAAUGCCACUGCCGCUACCACAACUUCGUUUCCGGCCGACGGACUGGUGGUAAGAGUGCGGAGUGCUGCGAGUGUGGGAACCGCAGGGGGCACGCAGCUGGCAAAUAUCACCUACAUCGACCACGGAAAGAAGGCGAUGCCAGGAGAUAUCGUGUUCCUGAUGAGCUCGGCCGAUUGUGCGAGCAUCCUGUUCAGCCCCGACGACCCCACGCAGUCCAUGAGCAGAGAGGACUGCUAUGGCAUUGAAAACAGCUCCCCCCGAAAUGGAGGCCAGGGAUUCGCCGUUGGCGCAUGCAUAGCAACGAAGGCAUUGAAUCAUGCACCUACCAGAUGCAUAGGAUCGAUUAGGACAGCUCGUGGAAGAGCUACACGACAGACAUCGGGGUUUAAAAGCGCGAUAUUUAAAAGCGCGAUAUUUAAAAGCGCUUGCACCUCCAAGAAUAACGUGAAGAAGCCAAAACAAAAGCCGGACAUCGUAUGUUUCUGUGCAAGUAGCUGCGCCCAGCUUUAAAAAAAGAACACGAGUACUUCCCGGGACAGACGAAAACGUAGAGUCGAACACAUUAAUAAAGUCAUCAGCUGCAUCCAGCUGCAAUGCCGUCCGAUGCUUUUGUGUACCAGCCCGAUUUUUUUUGGUCGAGUCGAUAUUCAUAGCUCGAAAUUCUACGCUCUCUUUAGCAUAUUAAUUUAGAACGCCUUCCUGCUAUUCGAUUUCGUUCCGGCUACGGCGUGGGGACCGUUUUGCAGGCCAAAGCGGCGACGCUCUGCCUCCCCCAAAACAGUGCAAGACAGGGUGUGUACGGGCGUCGCACUGCAAAGAGGACGCGAAGGAGAACACCUACAUUAAGAAGCGCAUCAUUAUGGCGGACUCUGGGUCACUUACAGAGUAUCGAAAGCGGCAAAUCUUCUUCCUUCUCAUUUGCAUUUCUGCAUUUCCACCUCGCCAUGGCCUUCUUUUAAAAGAUAAAGAACUUGAGCGACACGCAACAAGAAUAUUGCCAGAACUGGUGCGACAGGCUUUCGGUCGUGCCUUAUGCUGUUAAGAGGAGGAGAAUGAGUUGUGCACUGUCAUACAAAGUUAUCCAGGAAAAAACUGCGUCAUUCAUGGUGUUGUGCACUGUCAUAAAUUUAUCUUUCGAAGAAGCAGCUACUAACUAUUUGUAUUUCUCUUCCUCCGCAACCGGCGCUCUCUCGAAAAAGUGCACCUCCACUGGUGAGCGACAAGAAUUAGUUUUGUAUGGCGGUGGAAAAACAAGUACAUGUCCUCGUGCGUCGCUGGUGCGUGAAGUCAUUUGUGAACUGCAGACGCUCCGGGAGUAGACUAGCGGCGUACUAAGUAUAGCUGUUUUUUUCGUGUCGUGCAUUGGCACAGUUUUUCCCCUGCAUAAGGGGAUCUACUAGCUGGGGCAGACAAUUUCGAGGGACAGACCACGAGCACAUAUCCAUUUGAAAAAACUAAAGAUAGUGUGAGUUUGGCAUGCUGAACAUAAAGCAAGGCAGUUGCCGUAAACAAGGACUCCCAGCAGGCUGGCCAUGUCUUGCAGGCUCCAGAAUGGGCAUCAUGCAUUGUAGGAGGUCCUCCUCUUCACGUACCACUUCCACUAUCUGCGUUCGACGAGUUGUAGCUGUCAUGCUGGAAAGAUUCAUUUGUGAAGUCACACUGACUAUAAAAGUUUUUUUGGAUGCGCCCACGACCACGACAACCACUGCCAACAUCAUUUUUACUCCCGUUCGGUAGAUGCUUGCUCUUUCUGGAAAAUUUAGAAGUCACUAAAACUCCCUUACGUGGAUAUCCAAAAGGAAUGCGCGACCAGGAAUGAUUGGCUGUUAUCGGAAUCAAUAACAGAUUGUGACGCAGCCUCGUCCAAUGUUUAUUUUUGUACGAUGUGGUACUGCUGAUAGUGAUACUGAUUGUAGUUCUAGUUUCGCUUUCGAGAUCCAACCAACUUGUUUCACUCAAUUUUUAGAUCGUGAGAAGUAUAUGUUUAGUGAGAGCAAGUAUACAGCUUCUUUAAAUCCGUCAAGAAACGCGCUACCCUGCGUAUAGCCUGCUCAGACGUUUCAAUCUUAACCGUUAGAAUAGAGCUUUACUUUUUUCAUGAAAAAAAUAGCCAUUUGAAAACUGCGUUGGAAAUUAGCUAUAUUCUUCGUUGAAAACUCUCAUAAAAUUUUUUUCGGCGGAAAUUUUUUCAUCUCCACCGAAGCUGCCGACUCCACCGUCCGCGACGACUGGAACCUCCGUGAUGAUGAUGUGAAAGCUUGCUUUCAACCUUACCAAAAGUCGACACCGAAAGACAAAAACGUAUCGGCCAGACCUCCUGCGAUUUGUCGCAGAUGGUCUGACAAAGAAUACGACCACGUGUCGGCACUUGGUCAGUUGAACAGUGAGUUUCAUUUCCCAAUACUAAAAUGAAGAGCCCGCUGCUGACCAGGCUGCUUCCUCGUGGCUGCUAUUGGCAAAUGAAACCUGUUUUAUACCAGACAAAUAGCACGCGCCUCGCCCUAUUCUUUUCUCCCAAUUCACCUGCGACAAAUCGGAGGUGGUCUGGGUGAUGUAUUUCUGUGCUUCGAUAUUAACUUCUGGCCAGAUUCGAAACAAGUUUUCAUAUCAUAAUCACGGAGGUUGCACCAGCUGUCGCGGACGGUGAAGGCGGCAGUUUCGGGGCGGAGUUGAAAAAAUUCUUGGAGAAAUUUUUCAUUAAGAAUUAGCUA